ACUGCACUUCCCGAGCCAAAAUCGAUCGCGACUGCCAAACGCAAAACUGAAAACGUAAAUAAAAACAAAUCCCUUGGCAGGAAGCUCCUCCCAUCUUCGAAUUGAAAUUAUAUUGUCCAAUAUUCGCGAGUGCUGGAUUUAACUUCGGUGGAUAUAAUGCAGUACCCAUCACAAUGAGCGAGAACAAUCCCGGACGAGGUAACAUUAACAACGGAUCCAGUUUCAAGCGACCCCGACUGCUGUCGUUCCAGGGGCCCACGUCCGAGUCGGUUGCAGUGAAUCACGGUGGUCGUGCCCCCAUGGCCGCUGGGCCUUCAUCAAGUUCGUUGGAGGAAAUCAACGUGCGUCAGCCUGCUCUAGUGGACAUGCGUCCGGGGAUGGCACCGGAUUUGGCCAGCUGGCAGGAGGCUCAAAUCGCAGCGUGCAUUGAGGACAACACCAUCAACAUGGUGCUGGAGCAGUAUUUGAACUUUUUCGAAACACGCCACUACGGAGUGGAGGCACAAGGGGUGGUAGCCGAUCCGGUGGAGGAAGCCGAGAUGGAACCCGAGCAGCCAGAAGCGGAAAUGAUAGAAGACCGUGCAAUAAUGGCCGCUAUCAGCGAACGAGGAUUGCAACCCGUGCAGCCGCUCGGAGACGAUGCGGAAGAUGGCGAUGGGGCGGCAGGCGGUUCGGGAUCGAUGGGAGAUGGUGCCGAGGGACGUCGAAUGGAUCUGGACCAUCAUCAGCAGGGCAUGGAUUUGCUCGAGACGGCCGUUGUGGCAGCAAUUCAGGAGAAGGGUUUGAUCAGUGCUGGCAAUCAAUUUGGCCAGAUGGAUGAGGACGACGGGAGCUAGUGGAUUCGCUUCGGGUGGAUUUGCGUAUUGACCAUGUUUCAUAAGUGUAUUCAUAUACUAUAUAUGUAGACAGACAGGCAGUCAUGAAUUAUUAUACCUAGUCUGUAGAAAUCGACUUAGAAUCU